AUGCAAAUAAAAUAUGACGAACCACGGAAAAUUACCAUUUUCGGAAGUGCUGCAGCGGCAGCAGCCAGCCAUUAUAGUGCGGCAAGUUUAACUCCUCAUUCGCCGUCAGAAGCCAAAUCCGGAUAUCCUUAUUUCGGACAAUUGAGCAGCAUGGAAACGGGACUCUGUGGAAGAGUGCACUGA